AUGUCUCCUUCUUUCAACAACCAAACCAAAGCGAGCGAGCUGGUGCCCGUCUACGCCCCCCACAUCGCCGGCAGGACGAUACUCAUCACGGGCGUCUCCCCGGGCAGCAUCGGCGACAGCUUCGUCAAACAAGUCGCCGUAGCUAGGCCAGCCACAUUCAUCCUAGCCGGCCGCUCACCCUCAAAGUUCCAACCCCUCAUCGACGAACUCGGAAUCACACACCCCGAGAUCAAGUUCAAGCCCUUGACUCUAGACCUCACCUCCCUCGCCAGCGUCCGAAAAGCAGCAGAGACAGUGACCUCAUGGCCAGACGUCCCCCACAUCGACAUCCUCGUCAACAACGCCGGCAUCAUGGCCUCAGCCUACAGCCUCACAGAAGACGGCUUCGAAAGCCAGUUCCAGACAAACCAUCUAGGCCACUUCCUCUUCACAAACCUCAUCAUGUUCAAGAUCCUCGCAUCCCCUUCCCCCCCGCGCAUCGUCAACGUCAGCAGCAACGCCCACAGGCUCGGCCACGUGCGCUGGACGGACUACAACUUCAACAGAGGAAAGCACUACGACAAGUGGAUGGCCUACGGGCAGUCCAAGACGGCCAACAGCCUCUUCUCCAUCGCCCUUGCCGAGAGGCUGGGACCAUCAAAGGGUGUGAUGGCGUUUAGUCUGUGCCCGGGGUACGUCCCCACGAACCUUGCCGCGCACGAGGCGCAUGACUUCCCCGGGUUCCUCGAAGCCCUGCGUAAGGCUGAUGUUGUGGUGGGGAGCAAGUAUAUGUGGGGAAUGGGGGAUAUCGAGCCCAAGGAUAUGGACCAGGGUGCCGCGACGCACGUGUUUGCGGCGUUUGAUCCGGAGCUAAAGGACAAGAAUGGGGAGUUUCUUACUGAUUGUCGUGUUGCCGACCCGUGGAAGGAGGAGGUAUAUCCUUGGGCUAGGAGCAAAGUCGAUGCGGAGAUGCUGUGGGCUCUGAGCGAGAAGCUUGUUGGGCAGGAGUUUAGAUACUGA